GAUCCCCUCUCUCCUUUCCUCCCCGCAGGGAUGCUGCUACCCAGGCUCUUUGGGCGGCUGAAGACAGCGGUCGUCGGGGUGGUGCACGUGGGAGCGCUGCCAGUAAGCAGCAUUACUCUUGCCGGGACACCAAGAAGUUCUCUUCCAUUGACCCAGAUCAUUGAUCAAGCUUGUCAAGAGGCAGAAGUUUACAAGAAUGCUGGAGUUGAUGGCUUGAUAAUAGAAAACAUGCAUGAUCUUCCUUACACGGUGUGUCCUAGGCCUGAAGUAACUGCAGCGAUGACAGUCAUUAGUGCUGCAGUGAGACGAGCCUGGCCCCAUCUAGCGCUGGGUGCCCAGAUCCUGUGUGUUGCAAAUCAACAGGCGAUAGCAGUUGCUCUUGCUGCAGGUCUUGAUUUUAUCCGUGCUGAAGGGUUUGUGUUUUCUCAUGUUGCUGAUGAAGGGAUUAUAAAUGCCUGUGCAGGUAACCUGCUACGAUACAGAAAACAAGUUGGAGCAGAGAACAUUCAGAUUUUUGCUGAUAUUAAAAAGAAACAUAGUGCUCGCGCUCUGACAGCGGAUGUCAGCGUGGCCCAGACCGCUUCGGCGGCUGAGCUCUUCCUGGCUGAUGGGGUUAUACUGACUGGCACAGCGACUGGACUGCCUGCAGAUCCCCAGGAGCUGAAAGAAGUUAAAGAUACUGUGAAGAUUCCUGUGCUGGUUGGGUCUGGAGUGACUCUGGAGAACAUGAUGACUUACUUGGAUGCAAAUGCUCUAAUAAUUGGUUCGUAUUUCAAGAAAGAAGGUUAUUGGGCAAAUGCUGUUGAUCCUGGCCGAGUAAAGAAAUUUAUGGAACAUAUACGUAAACUGAGAGAGUGAAAUUGUCAGUAAACAGUAUUUUUUCGUGUGUGUGUAUAAAUGUAUUAUGAUACAUCAUACAGAAUUAAAGCACAAAUGUGUGGUUGAAGGGCUAAUAACUUGAAAUGAAAACACUCAUCAUCUCCAUAACUAGCUGGGAAACAGGGUGGCGCUUACAAUAAACUUGCUCUGAUAUAUGCUUCUAGGCAGCACAUUUCUGUGGCACUCAAAGCCAGCGUUAACACAAAACCAACUCUCUGAAGUCUUGUAUAAUGUAUUCUCUCCUAUAAGUAAAAUGCUAUGGAUUUUAAGAAUUUGUAGUAAAUACUCAUCACAGGUGAGCUGAGUUUUGUUUUGCUUGUGAGUACAAUAGAAUGCCCUUAGUUUACAGGUAAGAGUGGUAAAUUGGACAAGUUAAUUACUCUUUCAGUUUCCCCAUCUGUAAAAUGAUGAUAAUAGAACCUACAUCACAUGGGGGUUGUUAAGACAUAAUAAAUGAAUGAAUGUACAGCUCUUUCAUCUCUUCAAAUGAAGGGCUCUUUUAAAGUUCAAGAUCUUUUUUUUUUCAUUAGAAUUGUGUAUUUAUUACAAAAAUGUAGUCAUUGUGUCCCAUAUAAAAAUUUAGGAUAAUUGGGGAAUUGAUUUACUUACAAUACUUAUUAGGUAGUUAAUGUAAAUAUUUAAUUACAUUUUAAGUAGAGUUGGAAUUUAGUCAAAAUGUUUUCACAAAAAAUGGAAAUUUUAAUAAAGGUUUAUUGUUAUUUUUCAGCAAGCUCCUACAGCUUUGUACCUCUCCAGACUAGUAUUAGUGAUGUUAAAACCUGCCAGGUUCCCUCCAAUACACAAAGUGUAAUUAUGAUGGAAACCUUUCUACCAAGCUGACAGCUAAACACAGAUUUUCAUUUUUUCCUGUAAAAUGUAGAGGGAAAAUAUUACAGUCUUACUAUGUGUGUUGUGAGAGGUUCCCCCUGAAUUUGAUCUUUUAGCUAUAUGGAAGUUUAAAAGAACCCAAAGAACAGUAGCCAUCUUCAAAUAGUCAGCUGAAAACUACGACCAGUACACUGCUAAGGAUUGUUCUGUGACAAUAAUUAUCUUUAAAGAAACUGAUUACAGUUGCCAAAAGUCACAUUCAUCACUGUGAGUGUGAAAAUACAAUGUGUUGCCAGCAUCUUUCUUGAAUCGUUUUUUACUCAUUCACAUCCAAAAAACUCAGAAGUGAAUGGAACUCAAAUGGGUUUUCAUCUGCAUAAAAGGGGUGAUGAGAACUCCUUCAAUGCUGUAUGCAAGUCUAAAUGGAGUAAUGUUAGAUGUAGUAGUCUUUGUAAGACAAAAACCCUCAUGAGUUGGUGUAACGCUCAUCACACACAAUGAACAGUGUAGACAGCACUUCCACUGUCAGGAUUUCAUUUAACAUACCUCUGUGUAACACUUACAAAAGGAAGAGGACGUAUUUUUGGUCUGUAUUGUUACAUGUGAAUGGUAAGUGCAGAAUUUAGUGAACAGAAGUAGAGGAAAGCAGAUUCUAAAGCCUGGAAAUGUGACUGAUGGCCAACUCUUUAUCAUUCUUUGUGCUGAAAGUAUUUGUCUGGCAGCAUUAAGCAUCUGCUUGCCUGUUUCACACAGAUGCUGUAAGUUAAAUUUGACCUUUUGUUCAGAAACUGUUUGAAUACUUAAUGUAAAAAUAUUAAGUUAUCAGAAAGGCUGUCUCUUUUGGGAAGACUGUUCAAUUUUUAUACACACCAAGUUGUUAAAGUACUUUGGAGCAUGAACAACUUCAGAGGAGAACAAAGCAGGCAGUGCUAAUGUGUAGAAACUCCAGAAGUAAAUAACAGCUGUUCAAGAAGACUUCUAUUAAAUAUGUAUUAAUUAAUUUGAAGUGCAUCACUUAAAUAUGUGAAGAGAUUAUCUUGUGUUAAUUUACAUUAAAACACACAGCACUUGUUAGCCUCAUUACAGUAUCCUAAGUAUAUCCUAAGCUAUCACCUCAUCCUACAUUGAGCAUUUUGUUGGGUGUUGAUUGCUUUCAAUUUGCCCUUUUCAAAUGUCAGAUAGUGGCCUCUCUUUUCUUAUUGGAUCUCUUCUUUCUCUCAGGUUUUGCUCUUGCGUAGUUACUAUACUUGUGUCCAUUCUGUGCUGAACGAAAAGAAUUAAAAAUAGCUUGUGAAAAUACAACAGUAAUUGCCCACAGCUCAAUUCCUUCACAUGCCCAUCCAAACCUCAUGUGUGGUUCUUGCUGGGAACUUAUGAACCAGCAGAGGAAAUAUAAAUGUCCAUCUGUGUAAGAAAAUGACACUUCAUGAAGAUUCAGUAUCACCUGAAUCAGCACAGGAAAGAUACCUAGUAAAAUGGGGGUCUCAAGUGAAAUUAUAGAUAAGUAAACCUCACUGGUAGUAAUUGACUUUGUGGUCCAAAUCAAUAUAUAAAUCCUAAUAAACCCUUAUUUUUUCCUAAUAAACCUUAUUAAUUCCAUUCAUAAAACUUAAGUAUUUUCAGCUGGACCUAAUAAGACAAAUGUUUUUUUACCUAUUUCAGUGCUGCAAAUAUGUGAGCUUGUAAGAUUUAUUGAUAAUUUUCAGAGACUCAUCUAGUCAGAAUUUGCUGUGCCAAUGAACUUGAAAGUGGAUUAUAGGAACAGAACCCUCCAUGGCUUUGUUUUCUUGCACAAUUGCAGUCCUUAUCUAUGCAACCUAAAUUAUAUAUUUCAGAAAGGAUGGAAAAUUGGGCUGAGAUAUUUUAUUAAGGGCUAAAAUGGCAUGCUGUGUCAUAGAACUGACCCUCCCCUCCACUCUACAGCCAGCACUGUAGAAAUACUGUCAGUACUUAAAAUCCUUCCAAGAGAGACGUAGCUGGAUUCCUGCCAUAGGGGUGUCAGGGAAACCUACCCAUUAGCUCCUUGCCUUUAUAAGAACCAGUGCUUGUGCCGAGGCUUGCAAGAAAUUGUUCAUGUUGAGGCAUAAUCAAACUUUGCUCCAUCUUUUACCCUAUUCUUUACCAUUGUUUGAAUAUUAGUGACAAAGAUUAUUUGAAACCUUGAACACUUGCUUUAGCAAUAAAAAGCCUAUUUCCCUUAGGAUGUCUUUAAAAGACCUAUGAUAGGACUAAUAACUUCAAUCACGUUAUUCUCAUAUGGCGACUGGUUAGGACUCUUCUGUUGAAAAGUCCAUACUUGGUCAAUAUUAAGUUGAAAAUUUUGCAUAGUUUCCUGACUGCAUUUAUAUUCCUGACUUCCUCUGUCAAAAAGACUUUGUCACAUUCUCACUCAGGUCUGGACAGACCAAUUAGACACUUUUCUUGGAUUAUUCUUCAUCUGACAAAGUUGCUACUUGCCCAUGCACUAUCUCAGACUGAUGCCUUUGGGGCACUGAAAUAUUCCAGCAUUCAUAGAGGAGUCACUUUCUCCCGUGUGCUUUGCUCACAGUCAGAGAAGCAUCACUCCUUCCUGUCAGCCUCUGUAGGUCUGCAGCAAAUAGAGGACACAGAAUCAUUGGUCAUUUAGGUUGGAAAGACCUUUAAGAUCAUCAAGUCCAACAGUUUACACAGCACUGCCAAGUUCACCACUAAACCAUGUCCCCGAGCGCU